AUGAUGUCUUUGCUACACUCCUGGAGUAUUCCUCCGAACAACACCAGCAGUCACAUCCUCCCCCUCACUCUCAUCCAGCUCAAUCAAUGCCCCGCCGCCUCAGACUGGAGAAUCAUGGCCGCAACACACGGACGGAAACCCACAACAGACGAUAGCAUUUUCGAGCCUCACAUCCUCCGAGGCAACCUAAGCGACCAAGUCCAGAACUUCUCGGACUGGGCAUCCGCCCGCAAAUUUCGCAUCCUGGACACAGUCAAGCACGACCACCGCGAGAUCAAGUCCUUCUACGAGCUGAUCGUCAAAUCCACCGAUCCGGCCGAGCAGACCAAGUACCAGAACCAGUUCACCUGGGAACUGGCGCGGCAUACAGUCGGCGAGGAGCUGGUCGUUUACCCUGCGUUUGAGAAAUACCUCGAGGACGGGAAGGAGUUGGCAAGGAGGGAUAGGGUCGAGCAUCAGAAUGUUGUAAAAGAACAGCUCAAGAUCUUCCAGGACAUGAAAUCCACGGACCCGAACUUCAUCCCCACGCUUGAAUCCCUCUGGAGUGAUCUCCAGGAGCACAUACAUCACGAAGAGGAAGACGAUAUCCAGCGGCUGGACGACGCGCUCUCGCAGGAGGAAAGCGUCGGGCUAUCACAGGCACUGAACAGGACGAAGAUCUUCGCGCCUUCGCACGCUCAUCCGAUGGCGCCUUCGGCACCGCCGUUUGAGACGGCGGCGGGUUUGCUUACGGCGCCGUUGGAUCAUUUGGCGGAUUUGUUUCGGAAGUGGCCUUCUUCUACGAAGAGGACUUAA